CUUCAACCUAAAUUUCAUUAUUUCUUUGCAAUUGCAAACGUGAAAACUAUUAUUCCAAUCACGUUAGAUAACUAUUCUAGUCUUUAUAUCUCUUGGUCUACCCUGUUUCAGAUUCAAGCGCGUGUCCGCAACGUCCUUGAUCAUAUUAUCCCUUACAUUGAUGUGGCAACCCAACAAGAAGUCGCACAAACAAAGACCAAUGAUCCAAACCUCUGGAAUCGUCUCGACGCUAUUGUUUUAUUUGUUGCUAUGUUUCAUGAUAACAAGCAUUUGAGAGCAGUCCACCUCGAACAUCAACUCACCAACACGCACUUAGAAGAUUUCCCGUCGACAAAAGCAUAUUACAAUCGCCUCAAACUCCUCGCAGAUCAACUCGCAAAUGUUGAUUCUCUUGUCAACAACACUCGUCUUGUGUUGAAGAUGAUUUCUGGACUGACAAAUUCAUAUGUAGGAUUUGUCACUUACAUUCAGCAACAUGAUUCAUUACCAACCUUUGAAACGGCAAAAUCGCGAUCGGAAUUAGAAGAACCGACGAUGGCCCAACGUACUCCAAGAGAAUCUAGUGAUAUCCCAUCUUCGACAACCCUACUCGUGAAAACCCCAACAUCAGACAACUCCUCCACCUCUCCCGACGUGAUUUCCGCUCGAAAUUUGACCGCACACAAUGGAAAUCGCGGUAGCAACAACAACAGAGGAAGAAACGACAACCGACGUAAAGGCCGAAGCUCCAACAGAGGAGGACAUAACAACCACGGAGGCACACAAUUCAAUAGUGGUGGUGGACGCGGUGGCCCCAGCUCGGGGUGGCAGCAGUAA